AUGAACCGCCUGAAGUCCAUGAAACCCUCCUUGCCUCCACAAAGCACUGACGGCUCCUUCAUAAAUGAGCCAGUCUCCUGGCAACCAGGCACCAAUCAACACACAGGAUCUCUCUCUGUAGUAACCACUGUGUGGGGUGUGACCAAUCCCACACACAAUCAGGUGUUUGGUGCAUCCAUGGGCCCUGGUGAGAGCUCUGGCAGUCACAUGAUGCCCGGUGGUAGCCCUGGUAUGGGUCCUGGGAUGGGCUCCCAGUUCAUAGGUCAACAGUCAUAUGGAGAUCCUGUCUCUAAAGGUUAUGGCCAGCCAGUCAUGUAUGGACGUCCCAGCGCUGCAUACAACCCAGCCUCCUCCUACAGUGGAAGUUACUCUGGAAACAGUGAAGGUGCCGGUAUAGGUGUUCGGCCACCCUCAGACUUCACUCAGGCUGCUGCUGCCGCUGUUGCUGCCGCGGCUGCCACAGCAACUGCUACUGCUACGGCAACUGUUGCAGCAAUACAGGAAAAACAGAAUCAGGAGCUGAGCUAUGGCCAGUUGGGUGGAGCAUCCUCUUACAGCACCCAGUUCCUGUCACAUGCAGGGGCCCGUGGCCCUCCAGGGAUGAACCCUGGUGGGAUGGUCUCUUCAAGGUCUGGACUGCCACCUUCGACCGGAGGCCUGUAUCCUUCUCACCCUGCGCAGACUCAGAGGAUGCCACAGCAGGGAGGCUAUCCAGGUGGACAGCAAGGGCUCAAACGACCUUUUCAUUCUGAGGGUUUUCCUGGACCACAGUAUGGCUCCGGUGGGAUGUCAGGGUACACUAACCAACCUCUGCAAUAUCCCACUGGUUCGCAGCAGAGAUGUGCCCCCUCACCCUCUUACCACUCCAGCCGGAUGCCUCAUAUGGGACACUACACCGCUGGAUCACACAAUCCAGCACAGUUCUCCCCUGGAACAGGACAGCCCAACCCUCCACAGUAUUAUAAGUCAGAGCCUUUUAAUGGUCAGGGCAGCAUGUCAUCUGGAGGAUCAGGAGGAUACAGCACCUUCACACAGGCUGCAGUGAAUGGGCCAGCUCGGGGUGGAGUGUUGCCUGGGUAUCCCACCUCACCAAUGGGAGGAAAUCCUACCCCUCCAAUGACACCUGGGACCUCUAUACCUCCCUAUCUUUCUCCAGGCCAGGACACCAAACCCCCUUACCUUACACCAGAAACCAAAUCUAACAUGAACGCCCAGCAGCCUCCUACAGGUAACCCCAGUGACGACCUGCGUCUGACCUUCCCUGUACGAGAUGGUGUAGUAUUGGAGCCUUUCAGACUGGAGCACAACCUGGCCGUCAGCAACCACGCCUUCCACCUGCGAGACUCUGUCUACAAAACACUCAUGAUGAGGCCAGAUUUAGAGCUCCAGUUUAAGUGUUACCAUCAUGAAGACAGACAAAUGAACACUAACUGGCCUGCCUCUGUGCAGGUCAGUGUUAAUGCAACACCUCUGUCCAUUGAAAGAGGUGACAACAAAACCUCCCAUAAGCCAUUGUACCUAAAGCAAGUGUGUCAGCCAGGCCGCAACACUGUUCAGAUCACAGUGACAGCAUGCUGCUGUUCCCACCUGUUUGUGUUACAGUUGGUGCACCGGCCAUCUGUCAGGUCUGUUCUGCAGGGUCUGAUGAAGAAGAGGCUACUGCCGGCUGAGCACUGCAUCACAAAGAUAAAGAGAAAUUUCAGCAGUGGCACCAUUCCUGGGACCCCUGGUCUUAAUGGGGAGGAUGGAGUGGAGCAGACAGCUAUUAAAGUUUCUCUCAAAUGCCCGAUCACAUUUAAACGAAUCCAGCUGCCAGCCAGAGGCCAUGACUGCAGGCACAUACAGUGUUUCGAUCUAGAGUCCUAUUUGCAGCUUAACUGUGAAAGAGGGACCUGGAGAUGCCCUGUAUGCAAUAAAACAGCUUUGCUAGAAGGACUGGAGGUUGACCAGUAUAUGCUUGGGAUCCUUGUCUAUAUCCAGAAUUCUGACUAUGAGGAGAUCACUAUAGACCCAGUAUGUGGUUGGAGGCCGGUGCCUGUUAAACCUGACCUUCACAUAAAAGAGGAGCCCGAUGGUCCAGUCCUCAAACGCUGUCGCACAGUCAGCCCAAGUCACAUGGUCUUGCCAAACGUGAUGGAAAUGAUCGCUGCUCUGGGCCCAGCAUCAUCCCCCUACCAGAGUCUGACUGCAGGAGGCAGGAACACUCCUGACUACAGUCGGCCAGGGAACCAGGGAUUCUCCACCCAGCCAGGAUUUACAGAUUUCCCCAAAACUCCUGGGACCCCAACACUGGGAGAGUAUGCACCUUCUGGACCACCGCCUCCACUCCCCUAUCAGUCUGAGCAGACGCCUCAUUCCGGACAAAUUGAACACUCUCACAACAUCCUCCAGCAGCAUGGCUCAGGUGUGCACAAUAACCCGAGUCUGUGUGACACCGGCAGCCCAUUGCCACAGCGGGGCACCAAUACCCAGAAUUCCCUGGUACAGAGCGAAGGUACCUUUGGUCUGGGUGGCCCGGGAGUGCCUGUAGGCGAGGGAACAGAUCAUGCACUAGAUCUUCUUCCUGAGCUGACCAACCCAGAUGAGCUGCUGUCCUAUCUGGGCCCGCCCGACCUUCCCAACAACAGCAGUGACGACCUGCUUUCUCUGUUCGAGAACAACUGAGUCGACCCUCCAGUCCAGUCUAUCUGUCUCUAUUUACUGUAGCCCAGCUCAGUUUUCACCCACUUACGUGUGUGUGUGUGUGUGUGUGUGUGUGUGUGUGUGUGUGUGUGUGUGUGUGUGUGUGUGUGUGUGUGUGUGUGUGACUCAGUUGAGUCAACCAGCUUCUUUCUCUAUUUGCUGUAGUUCAGCUCAGUUUUCAUCCACUUACCUGUGUGUUUGUUUGUGUGUGAGUGUGUGUGAUGUUUUUGUGUAUCAGUUUCUCUAAAGUGUCCUGCUGCAGAAAUCCUUUGAGUACAGUGUUGAGUUGUACAUAAGAACACUCUCCAGAUGUGAACACUGUAAAGAGUAUGAAGAAAGCAACAGUACACAGGCACUGACUCUAAAGACCAGCAUUUGAAACUAUAGCACAAAUCACAGGCUGGAAGAUUUGUAUUUAUUGAUUCCGUUGUUUUUAUUCGUGGAAGAUAAUGGACAUUAAUGAGGCAUUUCCCAAAAUUUGACUUUUGGGGAUUUACACACAUUAACACACACUUCUACACACUGUGACUGCUGCAAAUUGUCUGCAGAUUGCAGAAUUGUCUGAGGUUUUACUACAACUUGUCCACAUUUUAAGUAUGAUAACUACAAAAAGUCUCAUGCAAGAAUAUUUUUGAAUUCUUGCCUUAAGAUUCAGUUUUUCUGUGAGGUUAUUAUUGGCUUAUUUUCAGUACCAAUUCAGCUCAAAUAACAAUGUAUAUUUAUAUAUAAACUUUGUUUUGAGUGUCCUUCCAUUUCAUAGCACCUUCUGUUAAAGUGCCCCUAUUAUGGGGUUUUUCCUCUGCUUUAGUUCAUUCUGUAGCUCUUUUUGUGUGUGUUACAACUUUACAGACUUCUAAAAUUCAAUAUUCAAGCUGAACAGGGUAAUUCCCCCACACUGCUCCUAAACUGCCUCACUUAUCUACAUCACUAUGUAACACACAUUUGUAUGACGACCACCUAUGAACUAGUUUGGCUCUAACUAAAAGUAGCUUGGAAUUGAAGUCCUCUAAUCACCAACAGCCAGCAACAGACUUCAACUCAAACUUCACAAAACAAAUGGCUUCAGAUAAUAUAUUGCCAGUGACAACUUGAGCAAGCAAACAAGCUAAGGUUAACCAGAUAGCGGGUACAUUGGAUAUAAAGCUAUUUGUCUGCAUUAGCAGGAAGUAUUAAGGAGAAGAAAGCCAGUUUCCAACCCUGAGCUGUGUUUGAGUUGCAAAAGUUGGAAGCAACCGAAUGUCUUUCCAAUGUGACUUAAUGAUUUUUGUUAGUAAUAGAAAGAUUUUAGCACUGGCUAUUUACAUAAACAAUGUUGCCUCGCUUUCAUUCAGUGAAUGAACAGCCAAUGAAAGCAAACUGGGCAUUUUGUGAUCAGUGUGUUUUGGAUAUAGACAAUAUACAAAUUGGACAUAGCUAGCUAGAUAUCAUUCAAUUCAAUUCAAUUUUAUUUAUAUAGGGCCAAAUCACAACAAGCAGUUGCCUCAAGGCCAUGGUCAUCAAUUGGUUUGUGGAGUCCAAUGUGAAACCUUGAGAUGAGUGUUUUCAUUGUGACCAUACUGGUUUAAAAGAAAAUGGAUGUGACAAGGAGGGGCAAGUCUGUGAAACCAUUUGCUUAUUGGCUAAUGACUUGUGAUUUACAAGUCAUUAGCCAAUAAGCAUACAGCCUAUAAUCCUCCAUUUUGAAACAUUGUGUAAUCAAGAUUUAAAAGUAGUGUUAAAUAUUUUUUAUUCAAUAUGACCCGAAGUCAGUGACUGACCCCACAGAAGUGAGUUACUAAACCAGUAAAUUCAUCAAUAAAGUGUUUACUGAGGUCAGCUCAGAAAGCUGUUUUCCCAUAGACUUCUAUAGAACCUGUAGUCUUUGUGCACCCACAGCUCUCAUCGUCUGGUGGUGUUGAGAUAGAAUGUGGGUUUGAGGCACUCGCACAUUGGCUUAAUUUUUUGAGCCAAAAGA